AUGGCAGGAUGGUCAAUUUUAACAAAUGGUUCUGCUUUAGAUUGUGCUGAUGAUGUUAUUAACAGCUAUAAGGGUGAUGGUGGUUGUUUUCAAGGUAUUAAUCAUCAUGUGAAGGAUGAGGUUAAGGAGUGUAUUGUUGUUGAUGAUUCUGACGACGAUGAUUAUGAGUGCGAGGAUAAAGUAAUAUGCUUGUUUGAUGAAGUCGUUUCAAAUUUUUUGAAUGAGGCUGCUGAUGGAGGGUGUAUUAGGCCUAUUCCAGCAUUGCUCGGUGAUGGGCAAUCGUUAGAUUUGUUCAAACUCUUUUGGAUUGUGAGAAAGAGAGGUGGCUUUGAUUUGGUGAACGGUUUCUGGAGCUUUGUGGCUAAAGAAUUAGGAUUGGAUCUUCGAUUUUCACCUUCAGUUAAACUGAUAUAUAUCAAGUACUUGUAUGAGUUGGAAAAAUGCAUGAGUUGGGGUUGCAGAGAUGAAAAAUUAAGAAAGAAAAAGAGUCGAAGUGAUGGGAAUUUGAGUUUUUUGUCAUUGGAGCUAGAGAGGCAGUUUAGAAGUUUGUUAUCACUUAGAUGUGAUAGAAAGCAAGAGGAUGGUCAAUUUGCUUCACAAGAAUAUAAGCAAAAUGGUAGGUACAUUGAGAUGGAUAUUGGGGAGAGUAAAAUAGGUUUGUUAGACACCAAAAAUGUUCAUCGAAAUUAUCGUAAUGAUAGUGAUGAUGAUGUUGUGAUCUUGGAUUCAAGCAUUGCUAAAAAAGAAUUCAAUUCCCGCAAGAGAAAACGAGAAUCCCUAACAAGAAUGCUUAACUGGGUGAUCCAAAUUGCAAAAUGUCCUGAUGAUCCUUCAAUUGGAAUAAUAUCACCCCAAUCUAAGUGGAAGGAUCAUAGAGGCAAUGAGUUGUGGCUGCAAGCCACAAGGGCACGGGAAGCUCUCCUACAAAGAAGGCAUGUUGAUACUAACAUCGAACAAUCACUCUUGCAGGUAUACAAUAUGAACUUCCAUAACAAUCAAAAGAUGCAUCCAUCCCUGUUUGAGGAUGUUAGUGUUCUAAGUGAACAAUCUGCAGAGAGUUCAAGAUGCGGCAAGCGGCUUCCUGCUCUAGUGAAGCCUCAUUCAUACUCUUGUUGUAAUUCAUGUUCUGCCUCUCAAAGUAAAUCUACAAGUCCUCUGAAGACAGUGUGUAAAGAUGGCCUUAAGGAGCAAGAACUUUUUGAUUUAUCAUCCAAAAACACAACCCUCAGUGGAUCUGGGGAUGAGCAUGUCCGUAGGCAUGUUGCUGUGGGUCCUCUUUUCCAAGCUGAAGUCCCUGAGUGGACUGGUGUGGUUUCCAAUGGUGACUCUAAAUGGCUGGGCACACGAUUAUGGCCUUUGGAAUGUGAAAACCAUAAUGCCUUGGUUGCAAUGGAUCCUAUUGGAAAGGGAAGGUCCAGUGUAUGUGACUGUCAGCUGCCAGGUUCAGUUGGAUGUGUUAGAUUUCAUAUUGCCGAGAAAAGAAUGAAAUUGAAGCUUGAACUGGGUCCCUUGUUCUAUCAUUGGCGGUUUGAUCGCAUGGGCGAGGAAGUUUCACUUAGAUGGACUACUGAAGAAGAAAAGAGAUUUAAGGAUAUGGUCAAGUUUAACCCUUUAUCUGCAGGCAAGUGCUUCUGGGACAACAAGCGCAAGUAUUUUCCUAGAAAGACCAGGGAAGAAUUAGUUAGCUAUUACUUCAAUGAAUAUCUUGUGUGGCGCAGAAGUUAUCAGAACCGCAUAACUCCAAAAAAUAUUGAUAGUGAUGAUGAUGAAACAGAGUUUGGAUCUCUGAGUGAUGGUUAUGGUCAUGAAGCACUUGUGGUUCCUGGUGCCAAUAUGUUGAUAUGUUCUGAGAAUAAGCAAUGCACCGAUUUCAUAUAG